UUACGUGAUGUUCAACCGAGAAGUACAAARACAGAUGAUUCGCCAAUGGAAGAAGUGGUCAGCGGACAAAUGUCUGGGAAAAAGUCGACGAAAUGUCCAAGUUUAUGCUGGUCGUCACGUACAGGAAAUGGAAAGUCCAGCUGCUUUUCUUUCACCAUCUCGUGAAUGGAAUCCCUUCUUCGAAUACCAUGCAAGACCAGUAAAACUACCCAUGAAACUUCACGAAGAUGGUGGCAAAAUCAAUAGUCGACAGGGGUUGCGCAAUGCCGUAUCUGUUAUGAGUCAUGACUCGUACUUGACGGGUGUCAGGGAACAAGCGGUUCUUGGUGGUACUUGCUCAAAACAUGUGUACAGUAAAAAUACCAUGGUUUGUGUUUCUAACCGCAAUUGCUACAGCGAGGGCGAAUUGAACCACACAUUUGAAUAUUUCGUGUAGAUUUAAAAAAGUCUUCAUUAGUCAUAGAACAACAGAUAAACAAGCAGUGACUAGUUUAUACUAGUUGAGACUGUAUUGUUGUGUUGAAUUGAUGGGUUACAAGCAUGCAUUCCCAAGAGAGUCAAAAGACAAAAACAUGGCAGCCAUUGUGGUGCUGUUAACAAUGGAUGCUAAAGCCCCGUUUACACUAGCGAUUUUU